CUCGCUGCCGCGAGACUGAAGUGCAAGUUUGUGCGAACGGCGCGGUGGUGAGGCUGCUACAAAGACAAUUGCCCGUUUUUCGAAGCCCGCUGUGGCGCGGCAAUACAAGCCCGAGGAAAAGUGACGCACGAAAGAAAACGGACAAGCGGAUAAGCCGAACAGCACGAGGGCAAAGAGAGAAAUGAAGUCGCCAAGGUGUAACUCUGGUAGCGGUAGGAUGACGAGAGGACGAGAAUGAGGAAGAAGCAGGUAUCGGAUCGAUUGGCGUAGUCAUAUAGUGCAAGCGGGAGAAAGGUGGCGAUUCGACAAAUCCAAGAAAGGGGCUAGCGAUACUACUAGUCCUCUGUAGCUGUGCGGCGGAGAAUCAAGGGAGCGAAGAUGGCGAGGCUACAACUACUGCUGCUGAUGCUGACUGCUGGCGCUUUACUCUUGGACGCCUGCCAAGCCGACGAGGAAGUGUCGUUCUACGGAGCGAGUUACAUCCAUCUCUUGGUACAAGAAGCGAAGAAUGGCACGGAUAUAAGCUUCCGUUUCCGCACACACUUGUCCGAUGCGAUGUUGCUGCUGGCUGCUGGGCGCACGGACUAUUGCCUCGUCAAACUCGAGACUGGCAGGCUGAAGGUGCACAUCAACUUGGGCGCAGGCGAAAAGGAGCUUGCGAGCGCUCGCGGACUGCAGCUGAACGACAUGAGCUGGCACAGCGUCAAUCUGACGAGGCGCGACGCCAACAUUACCCUCGUCGUCGACGGCAUACACAGCGUCAGCGAGAUAUUGCCCGGCAAAUUUUUAGAGCUGAACAUCAAUUUCGGCGUUUACAUCGGCGGACAAGGUGGCUUCAACGAAUUGUUCCUCGGCCACACGGAGUAUCUGCGCGGCUGCAUGGCCGACAUAACGUACAAUGGUCUGCGGGUGAUCGAGCACGCGCGAACACGACGAAACUCCACGGAGGCGAGCGCCGUGAGCUGGGGUUGCUCGGCUGAAUUCGACGCCACGAGCCGAGUCGACAUAAGCUUUGUCGAAGACGGAGCGUUCACCGCUAUACCCAAGUCUAUUCCACGCGCGGGAUCUAGAUGGGAGCUUGAAUUGAAAACCGUCUCGACGGACGGCCUCUUGCUGUUUAUGGCGGGUCUAUCGUCGCACGCCGAUUUUCUGGGCGUGGAGCUAAAAAACGGUAAGGUCCGCCUGCUCAUGAAUAAAGGCAACGGCCCGGCCGAGUUGAUCCAUCCGCGAAACAUCGCCGACGGGACGUGGCACGAGGUGACGGUCGAUUUCACGACGACGCUCAUCGGCAUAAGCGUCGACGGCGAAGCGCGCAAUUUGUCGCUUGCUCUGGGUAACAAGUACCUUGACCUGGCGGACACGCUGUACAUUGGCGGCACGGAGUUGAACAAACGCGCGAAAGCGCUGUCGAAGGGCUUGGAAUCCGGCGGGAACAGCUACAAAGGCUGCCUGAGGAGCAUGCGACUGGACGGCAAGGAGUUGGGCUUGCCGAACGUCAAAGUCAGCCAAGGCGUCGUCGUCAACUGCGUGUGGGGCUUCCCGUGCGCCGAGGCGAAGCCAUGCGUGCCGGGCGCUCUUUGCUCGCAACUCGGCGUCAGGUCGUUCAAGUGCACCUGCGAUCGCGAUCUCUGCAUCAAGUCCAACUUCACCGAGGAAUACAAGUUCAACACCAAUCUACCGAUCAAUCUGGAGCUGUUGCGCGCGCGUCCGAUAUCCGUGCUGGAAGGCAAGCGAGCGGCCUUAACCGAACGUCACAUCAGCUUGACGUUGGACAUUGCACGAUAUCAGCUGAACGAGUCGCACGUUGUGUUUGCACUCCUGACGCCACCGGCGCACGGAUGGCUGCAACUCGAUCGAUCCAGGCUCGCUGUCAAGACGCCUUUUACUCUUCACGACGUCCACAUGCACAAGAUCGUCUACAUGCACGACGGCGGCGAAACAACAGUGGACAAUAUGGUCCUUAAAUUCGCAGUUCAAGCGGCAAGUCCACGUCACGCACUACCUAAUUACUUCCAGGAUAGUUUGCGCUUUGAACUUUACGUCAAUAUUACGCCAGUGAACGACCCUCCAAGACUCGAAAUUCCACCUAAUGCCGUUCUCACACUUGCCCAGGGUACUCGAAAGACUCUAACAAAGGAUUUAAUCUUUGCGGAGGAUGCGGACACACCAGCCGAAAAAUUAGUCUAUACAGUGCUACCGGAAGACGGUGACAUUGGUCACGUGGAGAGGCUAGCGAGUAACGAGGCCGGCAGUAGCACCGGAAUAUCCGUGCGGACGUUCACGCAGGCGGAACUUGCCCGCGGCGCGAUCGAUUACGUACACAGCGGCAAAAACAAAACCACGGCGAUCUUAUCUCUGAAAGUAAGCGACGGCGAGGCGAGCAGUCAAGUACAAAAGUUACGCAUCUCUGCUCACAAAUUGUCAAUAAGAGCCGUGCAGAAUACCGGCUUGGUGGUGGUUCACCGUUCCUUUUCAUAUUUAACUUCGGCGAAUUUGUCGUUUGCGACCAACGCCGAUGAUUCACGUGUCGAGAUUCGCUACAACGUCACUGGAAAGCCCAGGUUUGGGAUACUGCAGCGACAGCGAGAAACAAGUUACACCUGGAUCAACACAGAUUACUUCACAAGUCGUGACCUCGAGCGUCAGACUGUGAGAUACUUGCACACAAUGGCUAGUCCACACAAUGACAGUUUCCGCUUCGAGGUGUCUGUGCGCGAAGUACAUUUCCGUGAUACAUAUGAUUUUAAUAUAACCUUCAUCACCCUGGAACUCUUAGAAAUUCAACGUAGUAGUGUAGACUUUGUUAAUAGUGCCGAGGUGGUAGUUGAUUCGCGACGAAUCAAAUUUCAAACGAAUCCCCUCGUUACGGAAGCAGCUCUUAUCGUAUACAGUCUACUGAAGACUCCAAGAUUCGGACAUUUGUAUCUGGCAAAUGAGAGAUUGAUGAUCGGUCAAACGUUUACACAAGAGGACAUUGAUAAUGGACGAUUGAGGUAUCGACACUAUAGAAGAGCUUUCUCACCGAUUGAAGAUAGGAUAGAGUUUAAAGUAUCGGCACCUCAGUGUCAGGAUGUCAGCACGAGUUUAAACUUCAGUUACGAACCGAUGAAAGAGUCAAAUUUGGCUUUCGAAGGUGCGGAAAUUAUUCGAGUGAUGGAAGGACAAAAGGUUCCUUUAUCCAUGGCCAGAUUUGACUAUCGCCACUUUGGUGUGACAUCGCUGAGCUUCAAUCUAACUAUGAGACCCAGACACGGUUGUCUAUCGCUGUACGAAGCUACACUGCCGGUAGUUCUAAACAUCACACACUUUACCUUAGAAGAAUUGAACAGGCGCGCUGUGUUUUAUGUGCAUGAUGAUUCUGAAACAAAAGAAGACGCUUUUGAGUUUCUGGCUAUGUCAACGGAUGACACUGAUUUCAUGUACAUCGACAGGGUGAAUGUGCAGGUCGAAUUGAGGAAUGAUAACUCUCCAAAGAGAAUAAACAAAAGGAUCUUCCACGUGGUUACCAAUUCCGAAAAACUUAUAACCAGGUCUGAUUUGUUGUACACGGAUGACGAUUUAAAUACGAAGCCAAGUGACUUAAUGUACCAUGUGAAGCAAUUGAGUAACGGAUUAUUACACAAGCUGAAUAAUCCAAGUGUUAAGAUUGACUGGUUCACCCAGCAGGAUAUCGAUAAUGAGAAGAUUGUUUACAGGCAUCACGGCAACAUGUAUGAACGUAUUGACUUUACUGUAAGCGAUGGAGAAUUGUUUUCCAACGGUGAUCUUGAGAUUCAAGCUGGUCAUGCUUACGUCAAACUUAUGCUUCACAAGGGUGCCGUCGUUCAGACUAAUCGAUCUGUUCUGCUCUCGGCGAAAGAUAUUGAUAUGGAAACUAAUGUUUUUGCCAACAAUACAGAAAUCACGUAUCACGUUAAGGAACGACCGAAGUAUGGUGUAAUACUGAAGUAUGGAAAGGAAACGUGGAACUUUAAUAGAGAGGAUUUGAUUCGGCAACAUGUCGUUUAUAAACAUGUAAGACCACCGAAUCGAGAGAUUGUGGAGGACAAAUUUCAGUUAAAAGUUACAGUUGGUGAAGCGUAUGAUUCUGGCGAGUUUGGAAUCAAAAUUUAUCCAGAAAUAUACUGGGAACCUUUGAUUAUUAAGCAUAAUAGUACUAUUUACGUUGAAGAAGCUACCAGCGUUAUUCUUAAUAACAAAAGUUUAGCUGUUGGGUAUCCUGGCAUUCCGUCGAAUAAGAUAACUUACCAUGUUCGUCAAUGGCCACGCUAUGGUUACCUGGAGGUACAGAGUUACGAAAACGAUGACUUUGACGAGUUUAAUACAAACCUAGUCAAGCAUUUCGGUCAGAACUUGAUAGACGAGCAUCACGUGUCCUACGUACAAUCCACUCCCAAUCAGACUCAUGAUGUUUUUCUUGUCGACGUCAGCAAUGGUAUUACUUGGUCACGUAACUUAACAGUGAACAUUGUUAUCGUACCUGAUAAGCUUUACGUCGCCGCUAGAAAUCUAAGUGUUUUAGAAGGUAAAAGUGUCAUUCUUCAGGACUUCGAUUUCUAUACCGUAACCCCUUACUUCGCUGGAAAAAUAACCGAGUAUACAAUCGUUGAGAAACCUAGGCACGGAAAUAUGAUGGAUCUAUGGAAUAAUCCUAUAAGAAACUUCACGCACAAGCAGCUUGUGUCUAAAGAAAUUGUCUACAAGAAUAACGGCGACGAGCAAUUGGUUGAUAAAUUAAGAAUGAUGGUUAAAGCUGGGGAAAAGUCGAGUCAGCAAUUCGACUUAUGGAUUAAUAUCGCACCAAUCAACGACGAACCACCAGUUGUAGUCAAUAAAAGUGUGUUCAGUAUGUGGCAAGGUGGUUCGGUAGUUAUAACCAACGAUCUACUGGCAGCUGCGGAUAAUGAUACUAUGCCAAAUGAAAUUUUCUUUGAGAUACAAAAUGUAAUUGGAGGAUAUUUCUCGAUGAAAGAGAUAUCGGGUAUUAGUAUACAUAAUUUUUCGCAGGAGAUGAUCAACGAACAAAGGGUGCUUUUCACUCAUACAAAUGGGAGCCGAGCAGAAGUCAAGUUUUUUGUAUUUGAUGGACUUCAUAAAACUGAUGUCUACAAGCUUUUAGUCACUACGAAACCAGUUCAAGUAUUAAUCGGACACAACGAAAUCCUGAAUGUCUUCCCAUUAGCUAGAAAACUGAUCACCAGUGAUCUGUUGCUGACGAAAUGUACAGAUGCCGAUCGAGAUGUCAAGUAUUUCGUAAGAAAUGGACCCCACAUGGGCAGAAUCAUAAUGGAAACUAACGAAGGUAUUUGGCUGAAAGUUGAUCGGUUUACUCAGCAAGAUUUGAACAAUAGUAGGGUAUCAUACGAGCAUAAUAAGCCGUUUAACAGUUUGGCGGCUAACGACAGUUUUGUUUUUGAUGUCGAAGCAUACUUUGCUACUCCAAUUCGGAAUCAGGUUUUUGAGGUAAAAAUAUCAGUAUCGAACGGCGGUUUACACCAUCACGUUUCUGUCGACCCAGUCUUCGUAGUUGAAGGCAAGAAAGCUGCUGUGACGAUCAAUAUUACUGGCAUUAUCGACUUUUUACGAACAAAUGCAGCUAUUCCCAUCCCUGAUGUAUCUGUUCGUCUACUGCGCCAACCAAAUCACGGUCACGUAAUGCUCGAGCCUAAUAAUUUAAAUCUGACAACGUUUUCACAAAACGAAGUGGAAAGUGGAAGGAUUACGUAUUACCACGAUAACUCGGACACAUUAAAGGAUGAAAUCCAAAUGAGUGUGUAUUUUUCACCAGGACACUUGACAUUAUGUAAUAUAACAGUACCAGUAGAAAUAAGUCCGGUGAAUGAUCAGCAAUUCAAGCUCGAAAAGAAUAAGCUGGAACCAAUCGUGGUUGUACAGAAUCAAACUCAAACCGUCACUCGUCAGAAUUUUCUAACCACCGAUCCGGAUACUGGUCCCGAAGGAAUCGUCUAUGAAUUAAUGAAUAUCCCUCAAGGAAGAUUUUUACUGUUUGACAAUGCUUCAGAAGUACAACAAGUGACGAGAUUUACACAACGUGAUGUUGAUUCCUCGAGGCUGGUUUACGAACAUCGUGGUUCAUUAUCGGCAAAAGCGAUCUACUAUCGAGUAUCGGAUGGCCAGUAUGAGUUCGAUUAUAAUAUUUUGAAUGUACAAGUACAAUCGAUCAGAUUGAAUGUCAGUGUAAUGAAACCGGUGGAAAUUAAGCAAGGAAGUACAACGGCGAAUAUCGACACAGAAGUUCUGAGGUUGGACACCAACGUGAGACACGAUCUAGUGAUGUAUCAGGUAACAAGAGCUCCGAUGAACGGUGCGCUACAUGCUCGCGAAUCAAGUGUGAUCUUCCGUCACGCAGACCUCAUCUCCAAGAGCGUGUUUUACGUGCAAAACGAUCUCAAUACAAGUAACGAUAGUGUCGUUCUGUCGGCACGUGUAGCAGAAAAAGAGCAAACUGACAUCGUGAUACCAAUUGUCGUGGUGCCACUGAUGAUCAUGAGCGACGAUUUCAUAGCGUACGCUGGCGACAAAUCUAAACUCACAAUACCGUAUUUUGAUGCUACCCCAUUAGCAAAGUUAGCUGAUAGCGAGCCGAAGUUCAAGGUGACGAGAAAACCCGAGUAUGCGAAGAUAAUGCAGAUAGUCAAUCGUACAACUUCUUCUGGUGAAAAAAAGGAUCUUCAAGUUAAAGAAGUCACCAAGUUCACUCAUUCCCAUAUACUUUCUGGACUAAUUUACCUGGUAUGCACUCAAGUACCCAGUGACGAUCCACAUGGUGUAAAAGACAGCUUUGACUUUAUGCUGGCAGUACCUACAAGCACUGGAAGAUUUCAACCAGCAAUCGGAACGUUUGUUUUUCACGCCAAACUCGCCAGUGACUAUUACAAUAAUUCACUGGAUGGUCCUAUGGAUCCUGUAGGCCAUGAAGGUGAGAUGCCUAUUGCGCCAAACAUGAGUGACGAUUAUACUCUGUUGCUGGGAAUGCUGUGUGGAGUUGUGUUGCUCAGUCUGUGCGUGAUUGUGACGAUCAGAUGUAGACAGGCGAGAUUCAAAGGUGAAGAAGACGAAGAAGAAGACGAAGAGGAGGAGGAUCAAGAUAAAGUCGAACCUGCAUCGCCAGCAUCGGUCAUGUCAUUACCAAGGCCGCCGGAUCAUCUAUUGCCUGCAACACCACAUCUCAAGAGGUACACGAAUGAUUUACAUAACAACAGUAUUGGAUCGAGUACACCGUUACCACCCAUAAUGCCAACGCUAACUUCGACGCUACCGCAAUGCAAGGUGAUUCCUCUGAGUCCGAUGGACAAUAUGACCGGCUCGGAAGUAGAUGUAUCAGCGCGUUAUCCGUACGGUGUGGCCGAUUCCGUGGACGACUGGAGUAGUUUCGACACAACGGAAAUACCGUGCCCCUCGCAAACUUCACAGCGAACAAACCCAUUGCUCAGGCGAAAUCAAUAUUGGGUCUAGCAGCACGGGACAUGCCCCCGAAAUAAGGCGGGGCAUCAACACACGAUGUGCUCGUAGCACGGGGUCAGGGCUACCCAGAGCCUAAGUCGUGCCGUAUACAAAAAGAAGUCGGUAACCUACCGACUCGACAAUGAAAUUAUCGACUAAAGGUUUUUCUUUAUCUGGGGUAGUCCUGCAGUACAGUUGCAUUUGUGUGCCUGUUUGUUAAGCGACAAUGACUUGCGUAAUGUGCGUGUGAAGCUAUUGUAGACGGCACGUUGGGUGGCAUAUUGGAAUAACAAUAGAAUUGUAUCAAUUUUCAGAUCGUCUUUCGAGUAUCUUUUUUUUUCGGAAAUUUGAUCGUUUGUAUCUAGACUUUUUGAAUGAUUGGAAAGUAAAUUGAUAAAUUUUAUAUGACGUUUAUGAUAUGUCGUUACGUGAAAUCUAGUCAAAAAGUAUGAAUUUUUUACAUACUUAGGAGUUAAUGUGGGCAAAUUGUUAGUGUUGAUUCUUCAUGCCACCUAAAUUUUAUAUUUUACAUGCACAUGAGUGAGUAUUUAUAGUCAUGAAAGCGUGAUGAUGAAGGCGGCGGCAAUUAUAAGACGAUAUACGAAGACUGAUAUUAAAUUGCAAUUAGAGCAGCCUAAACGAAAAGCUUUAUUCUACAUCCGCAUUUUAUGAAUUAUACUUAUAGAUUUGUAGAGUUAUCAAAGUUGUUAUCGUUCUUUCAAUUCAAAUGAUUGUCACAUAAGUUUUGUAUUUUGCAAAUGAGCGUCGAAAGGUGUAUAAGGUGAGUUCCUCAGAUUGUAAAAAUAAAAGUUGUUUUUUUAAACAGCCGCACUGAGCACAAACAUAUAUAUCAGGCAUAACUUUAGUAUUUUUACCUUUAUAAUAAAUAAAAAUGAGCCUCGUAAACAAUAAUUAUGCGUAGAUAAAUAUCGAAUUGAACAUUCGAUGUCUAAGCUACGUACUUAGUGUACAGCUACUAUUUGUCUGUUUUUUGGAUAUCGAAAAAAAAAAGAUGAAUACUAUAAGUCCGAUAUACAAAUGAGAAACAAACAUACCUAUGUAAUACAAAAUAGAAUCAAAAUAUUAAGAGCCUAAUUGUAUGUGAAAUGUAUCGAUAGCAAAAGUAAAACUUUAUAAAAUCCAUAGAGCAACAUAGACGUAUGGAAUGAACGAUAAAAUAAGAAUUUUUAUACGUAUGUUUCAGUAUUAAUAAUACGAUGCACUUUACAACGCAUAUUUUUGCUUCCUUAUCUUUUUUGAUACCCAACUCCGGUAAUUUACAAGCAAUUUGCAUUUAUUUCAAGCGAUAUAUUAAAGAAGCAUGUCACUACCAUUUAUCAAUUCGUCAAAGUAUGAUAAACGGAGAGUUUUUAUAAUUACUGAACUGUGUAUUGAUGUCCGAAAGCCAAUGUUAUAGGAUAAGUUUUCGUGUGUAGUAUGCGCAGGACGAUUAACUUUCCAGUAAACUGCAAUCGUCUUACGUGUUAAUUAACUUUGAAAUCAUAUUAAACUGAA